GUGUCCUUGGGCAAGACACUUAACCCCAAAAAUUGCUGACUAGGUGUGCGUGUGAAUGUUAGUUAGUCCUGAUGGGACUAACUAUCAGUACAGUCCAUUUAAUCACCACUGAGCAGUUGGUGCACUUAUGAUGGUAACACUGGGAACACUGUAACAUGUGACAAUAUUCUUGCAUACAUAACUCACCUGAGAGUCUGUCUGUCUCUCUCUGUGUGCCUAUCUUAGAUCCAGUGAUGAUCAGCUUUAGAAAGCAAAGUUUGUGGCUUCAGCUACAAUCUACACCCCUCCAAACAAGUCUUUGACACUGGAUGAACAUUAGACCCCGUGCUCGCUCUCUGACCUUAGAUGUAAUUAAGAUCAGACUCAGAUCCUCAUUCCUGCUGUAAUGGAGAAUCCCAGCCUGCUGUCCCUCACUGUGGCCUUGCUGGGUUUUCUGAGCCCAUGUCUGACAAAACUGACACCCAGAGUCUCCUUUCCUAUGGGUAUGCCUGGGAGACAUCUCACCCGCUUCAGUAGCCAUGACGUCGGUAACACCACCACACUGCUGCUCAGUGAAGAUGGAGACAUGCUGUAUGUAGGAGCCCGGGAUGCUGUGUUAGCACUGGAUGUUAGCUACAAGGACGCCAUCAUACUGAGGAGUAAGCUGGACUGGAGCCCUUCAGAGAAAGACAUUGAGCAAUGUUCCAUGAAAGGCAAGAAAAUGAUCGACUGCCCCAAUUUCAUUCGUGUGCUGCAGUUCUUGAACACCACCCACAUCUAUGCCUGUGGAACAUUUGCCUUCAGUCCGCGCUGCACCUACAUUAACUCGGAGACGUUAAUAAUGAGCCUCAAGGCUGAUGAAGGAAGAGGUCGCUGCCCCUAUGACCCCUACCAACGCAACACUGCUAUCAUCGUCGGUAGGUAAUGCAGUGAUGCCACAUCUGCUAGAAUACAAUGUUAACUUUGGCAAGUUGGAAGGAAAAUGUAGCGGUGUUAGCACGUAUAUGCAGGUUUUCUAAACGUGGGAAAACACACUAAAAUAGGCAAUUCGCCUCCUUUCGCAUAUCCAGCAGACUAGUAUGCCUUUGGGUUUGUUUUUUUUCUGGUGUGUCAGGUUCAAUGCCAAAAGCGCACAAUAAUAUAAGUACCCACUGUAACAAAAUGUUACAGUGGGUACUUCUUUUUUUAUAUACAGUG